UCACCUCUUCAUCUCAUCACAUCCAUCCUAUUCAACAAAACAUCCAUCCUCUUCAACAAGACACCUUUCUCAACAAACCGCAAAUUUGCACCCUUAUACCAUGAAACAAACUAUCACCACCAGCAUUGCCGUGGCUGUGGGCAUCUUCUCUGCCGCAGCGCAUGCUAUCACCCUCCCGCCACGCCAUGAUCCGCAAUACCCGCCUCUCAUCAAAUGCCUCCAGGAGUCUCACUCCGGCUACCCAAAUGACGGCUCCACGCCCACGUCGCAGGAGAUGCGCAAGUGUGUCGAGAAAAUCAAAUCCAACCAGCACGAUGCCGUCGUCGCUAGGGACGACGAGGAGCUAAUUUGGGAGCCGGAGGAGGGGGACAAUGUCCAGACUCGCGAUAUCAUCGACACGGUGCAGGUGUUGGGCAAGUCGCUUUUCCUGGACAAGAAGGCGACUUUGUGCAGUGAUGGGCUCAAUGACGAAUUCAUGUGGGCGGAGGAUAUGAGAGAAAAGGUGCAGCCCGCCUGCGACAGAAUGAAAGGGAUCAUUGAAGAAUUGCACCUCCGAGAAGACGCUGGUGUUGGUACAGUUAUUGAUAAGCUGACCAAGGGGCACGAUAAGCAAGGCCAUCAGCUCAAGGACAACCGCAAACUCACCGCAACGUACCUGAUUAGUCUCUAUAAGCCCGCAGGUAUUGCGAUGAACGAGAUCAAGGCGCUAUCUUCAGGAAUCUACGACCUCUGCAAUGAUGGCCUCCACCGGUUGUUAUCCAAGGGCGAUGGUUGUACAGCCGACCUCACGUACUAUCGACCAAGCAAGGCGAAACACUACACAGACACGGGAGCGGUUAGCGGUGUGAUUAGGAUAUUCUGGGGCUCGGAGAAUGAACCCGUAGCCGAUCUCUCUGUUAGUUACACGAACGAGGACUAGUGCAGGUGGCUAACCUCUUUCCUUGUUUCAACAAGACUGCUUUUCCUUUGUCCUCUCUAGCGCUGCUCUGCAGCAUUAUGUAUUUUACAC